AUGCUGCCCGCCUUCUUGUUGUCGCUGGCCAGUGGCGAGGGCGGUGGCAACACCCACUACUUUGCCCCCGGCAACAACCACCACGACCAGGCGGUGGCGGGCUUCGAGGACGCCGUGCCGCUCUUCGACUACUGGACCUCGCCCUCGCUGGGCAGCCCGUUCGACGUGCGUGUGCUCGCCUCCUCGGUGAGCGAGAUUCGGGCGCGGCUGGCAAGCCACUUCGUCUCCGUCGAGGUGGUCGUGCCGGACAUCCAGACGCUGGUCGACAACGAGGCGGCUGGCCGCUCGUCCAGCCGCUCUAACCGGUGGCUGCCGGGCGAGUACCACUCGACCGACCAAAUCAACACCUACUUCCGAGACACGGCGGUGCCCAACUACACCCACAUCGCCUCCACCUUCUCCAUCGGCACGAGCACCGAGGGGAGGGACCUGCAGGUGGUUCGCAUCACGGGCGGGCCAAAGAACACGACCUGCAGCUACACUCCUGCGCCGGCAUGCAAGCCCUCGUACAACGGCAAGCCCGCCAUCUGGUUCCAGUCCACGAUCCACGCCCGCGAGUGGCUGACGGGCGCCUCGGCCGAGGUGAUGGUCGACAAGAUCCUAAAGGACUACGCGACCGACGCCUCGAUCAGACAGAUGGUCGACUCGCUCGACCUCUACUUCCUCAUCAUCGCCAACCCCGACGGCUACGAGUACUCUCGCGAAACCGACCGCUGGUGGCGGAAGACGCGCUCGCCGAACGCGGGUUCCUCUUGCGUCGGCACGGACCCAAACCGAAACUGGGCGCACCGCGCGUGGGGCGGCGUGCCCGGCUCGAGCACGAACCCGUGCAGCGAUGUCUACCACGGCUCGCGGGCAGGCUCGGAGCCCGAAGUGGAGAGGAUCCAGCAGUUCGUCACCCAGUUCGGCACCGAGGCGGACGGCUCCUCGCACUUCAAACUCUUCAUCGAUUACCACACCUAUUCGCAAAUGUGGCUCUACCCGUGGGGCUACCUGUACUCCGCGGCGCCUCACGACGACGAGCACGACGCCCUGUCGGCGGCGGCCGUCGCGGCGAUCCGCGGAGUGCACGGCAAGCAGUACACGUAUGGUCCGGCAGCCUCGACCAUCUACGUGACGACUGGCGACAGCACCGAUUGGGCGUACGACCCGAUCGAGGCGCGACCUCCCACACCUGACUGGGCCUACAUCAAGCACGCGUACACCAUCGAGGGCCGCGACACCGGCGGGUAUGGCUUCGUCGCGCCGGCCUCCGAGAUUGCGGCGGGAGGGUCCCUUUCAACCCCUUGA